CGCCGUCGUUCCCUCCAGAUUCAAGUCGCAUUCUGGAAAAUCAAUAAUUUCCAAGAAAAUAACUCAUUCCAAUUUUCCUCCCACCAAUCUACCAAACAUCAUUUAUUUCUUUCCCUUACAUUUACAUUCAUCAUUUAUUGCAUUUAUUUAUUUAUUUAUUUAAUUUCUCCUCAUUUUCCAUUCAAGAUCCAUCUUCUAGGGUUUCAAUUUCUCUCUCCGUUUGAAUGGACCUUCCACUGUACCGGAAGGGUUUCAAUCUCAAUUUCUAUCGGAGAAACAAAAAACGACUUCUCCUAAUUGCCGUUUUAGGAGCUUCCGGUUACGGUGCUUACAAAGCCUAUCAUUUGCCAUAUGUAGUUCAGAAGAGGAACCGUCUCAUGAAGCUCAUUAGAGCCUUCAUUUCUCUCGCUGAGCUCGCUUCCAAUUCCGCAGAAACCGUUUCAAUUGUUUCUAACGAUUUGAAUCGGUUCCUCACUUCCGAAUCCGACGAAAUUCCUAAUAGUUUGAAGCAGUUAUCGAAACUCGCUACGUCGAACGAGUUUUCCACAAUGGUUUCUAGGGUUUCGCAGUCUUUGACACAGGGGAUUUUGGUUGGGUAUAGUAAUUGUAAUAAAGCAUCGGAAAUUGGUGCGGAGAAUUCGAAUUUGAAUUUUUCUGAUAGGUUGAUGGAGAGGCUUUUCUCUAAGGCUGGGACUGGUUUUGUUUCGGUUGUGGUUGGGAGUUUUGCUAAGAAUUUGGUUUUGGGUUUUUAUGCCAAUGAAGGUGUUGAUGGGAGAGUUGAUUCGGGUUCUAGGCGAUCGGAUGCUGUUCCGGGAUGGGUGAGUGUGCUUUGUGAUGAGAAGUGUGGGAAGUUGAUAGGGGAUUGUGUGCAGACUUUUGUGAGUACUGCUGUUGCUGUUUUUCUUGAUAAGACAAUGGAUGUUAAUACCUAUGAUGAAGUGUUUGCUGGUUUGACUAAUCCGAAGCAUCAUGAGAAGGUGAAGGGGGUUUUGGUUUCUUUGUGUAAUGGUGCUGUUGAGACUCUUGUUAGAACAUCUCAUCAGGUUUUGACUAAUCCGAAUGUUAAAUCGAGUUCAAGUUCGCCGAGGGAAAAUGGGUGUUUGAAACCGGAGGCCUAUGUUCAGAAAAUCAGAAUUGGAAGCUCGGUAAGUGGAGUUGGGGAAUAUGGUUGGCUUGAACAGAUUAAAUCAACUAUGUCUGUGCCAGCUAACCAGAGGUUUGUGCUUGACGUCACGGGAAGAGUGACAUUCGAAACAGCGAGGUCAUUUGUGGAGUUUUUGUUAUGGAGAAUAUCAGAUGGUUUUAAAAGGAGUGUUAAUAAGGUUCAUGAUGAGGUUUUAGACAAAGGAAUGCAGGUUGUUAGAUAUGUAGGAGCUAAGUCGUCGAUUAUUCUAACCUUAUGUCUAGCUUUAUAUCUGCAUAUUUUGGGUGGUAGUAGGAUUCUAUUACAUGCUUAGCAUGGUCAUCAUCCUAAACUCUUACUUGUAAUGCAGCUGGAAUAUAAUUUGCAGCUAGAUACGAUCUUUACACUAUUGAUGUCUCAAAUUUUUACUAGUUAAAGUCAUAAAUCAUGCAUAAUUCAGUGAAUGAAAUAGCUUGGGCUGA